AUGCAGAUCCUUCUCAAGAAUCGAAACCGCUUUUUUGCGGUGGCUCUCUGGAGCGGCGCAACGACCGUGGUGAUGUUCUGGCUGGUGCUGCGCCGCAGUGGUUUCAACACCGCCUACAGCCGCUGCACCUACCUGGUAAUGAUGGGGGAGUACAAACAGCUGCUGGAACCUGGCGCAUUCCCCAGCAACGAUCGUCUUCCGCCCCACCUGCGACUGGACAGACUUUCUUACUUGGACUUGCGCGAGACGGAGAUUGCGUUGCCACCAGUGAUUGAUGUCAGCCUCUCGAACCGAGAUCAGGUGAGGCAGUUGGAGGGCCAGCUGCCGUCGACGGAGCGGUCGGACCUGUAUGUUCACUUCGGGCCAAUCAAAUCACAGACGAUCAUGAUGACGCCGAGCUCGAACGAACGGUACGUGCGGCGUCGACUCGGGUUGUCGGAGAAGGAUCGCAAGAAUCUAGAGGCCGAGGGGCAGCAGGUGCUUGCGCAGGCACGGUCGUAA